AUGGUUUCAGACCUGAAUGGUGCGCCGAAAGGCGGGUUUAGUUUGGUGAUGCAGAAUCCAUACCUCUGUGGAGUAGCUUCGUUCUCGACCCUCGGUGGUCUGCUAUUCGGUUAUGACCAGGGCGUCAUCAGUGGUGUGAUCACUAUGGAGUCCUUUGGGGCUCGUUUCCCUCAUGUCUUCUCUGAUAGCGGCUUCAAGGGAUGGUUUGUGUCGACACUUCUACUAGCUGCGUGGGCUGGGUCUUUGAUCAACGGACCCGUUGCUGAUCGCAUUGGACGGAAGCUAUCGAUUAAUGUGGCCGUUGUGAUUUUUGUGAUUGGAUCUGCUAUUCAGUGUGGUGCAGUCAACAUCCCGAUGCUAUUUACAGGACGAGCGAUUGCCGGAUUGGCCGUGGGAAUGCUUACCAUGGUCGUUCCCUUGUAUAUCUCUGAGGUUUCUAUUCCAGAAAUUCGUGGAGGCUUAGUGGUUGUGCAACAGUUAUCUGUCACAAUCGGUAUUCUGGUCAGCUACUGGAUUGACUACGGCACCAACUAUAUCGGUGGAUCUCGAUGCGCACCAAAUAUUCCCUAUACGGGUGGCACGGCCUCCAAGCCCACCUUCGACCCGUACCACGAUGUACCAGCUGGAGGUUGCACUGGCCAGUCUGAAGCAUCGUGGCGACUUCCACUAGCCAUCCAGAUUGUCCCUGCGGUCAUAUUGGGAAUUGGCAUGCUGUUCUUCCCGGAUUCUCCGCGAUGGCUGAUGAUGAAGGAACGUGACGAUGACUCGCUUUCUGCGCUUUCGAGGCUCCGUCGACAAGAUCGCGAUAGCCCAGUUCUUCAAAAUGAGUACCUCGAGAUUCGCGCGUCUAUUAUGCUCGAGAAUACCUUUGCCCGAGAGCACUUCCCGAAUUUGUCGGGGUGGAAGUUGCAUGCUGCUCAGUAUAUGUCGUUCUUGACAACCUGGGCCCGCUUCAAGCGUCUGGCUAUUGGAUGCUGUGUCAUGUUCUUCCAGCAGUUCAUGGGUUGCAACGCUAUGAUUUACUAUGCCCCGACCAUUUUUGGACAGCUCGGCCUCGAUGGUAAUACCACCUCUCUCCUCGCUACCGGCGUGUACGGCAUUGUCAACUGCCUGAGCACCCUCCCGGCGCUGUUCUUCAUCGACAAGAUCGGCCGUCGCCCAUUGCUCAUGGCCGGUGCCACUGGUACUUGUAUCUCGCUUGUUAUCGUGGGUGGUAUCCUCGGAGCUUAUGGUUCCCACCUGAUGGAUCACAAGUCCGCUGGCUGGGCCGGAAUCGCGUUUAUCUACAUCUAUGAUAUCAAUUUCUCCUACUCUUUUGCCCCCAUCGGCUGGGUCCUACCGUCCGAGAUCUUCAACCUUUCGAUCCGUUCCAAGGCUAUUUCCAUCACUACAUCGGCUACCUGGAUGUGCAACUUCAUCAUUGGCCUAGUCACCCCAGACAUGCUUGAAUCGAUCACUUACGGGACCUACAUCUUCUUCGCAGCAUUCUGUCUGCUGGCACUGGCAUUUACGUUCUUCUGCAUUCCGGAGACCCGUGGAAAGACGCUCGAAGAUAUGGACCUUAUUUUUGGAGACACGGCUGCGCACGAAGAGAAGGAGCGCAUCAAGCACAUUGAGACCGAGUUACGGAGAACGCAGAUUGAUGAAAAUGAUGAUUUGAAGCCGGUGGACCAGCAUAGGGAGAAUGUCGAUGUUGUUUGA